AUGUAUAGUUUACUGGUCUGGUUUACCUUUAUCAUAACAGAAAAUCUUGAAACUAUAGCUGGAUUUAGACAUUCAAAGUUGUAGUCGUGUGCAUUUUAUUCUGUUGAUAAAGAAGUUGUGUCUCUCUUCUCUCUGCUCGUCUCAGGAAUGGGAAACCAUAUCAUUUGUGAUCGGAACCACAAGAAGAUGCCGCUGGGAGAGCAACAUUCUUGGAAGAAAAAAUCAGAUGUGAAGGAGAAAUACGAUUUUAAGGAAGUACUGGGAACGGGGGCAUUCUCCGAGGUGGUCCUGGCUGAAGAGAAGAGGACCCAGAAACUCGUGGCCAUAAAAUGCAUCCCCAAGAAGGCUCUGGAGGGGAAAGAGACAAGCAUCGAGAAUGAGAUUGCCGUCUUACACAAAAUCAAACACGCCAACAUUGUUUCGCUGGAGGACAUUUUCGAGAGCAAGACUCAUCUUUACCUGGUCAUGCAGCUUGUGUCUGGGGGUGAGCUGUUUGACCGCAUCAUAGAAAAAGGCUUCUACACAGAGAAAGAUGCAAGUAAACUCAUCCAGCAGAUUCUAGAUGCUGUGAAAUACCUCCAUGACAUGGGCAUCGUGCACCGAGAUCUCAAGCCGGAGAACCUCCUGUACUACAGCAUGGACGAGGACUCUAAGAUCAUGAUCAGUGACUUUGGUUUGUCUAAAAUCGAGGGAGUGGGGAGUGUCAUGUCCACAGCCUGUGGGACCCCGGGAUAUGUCGCCCCUGAAGUGUUGGCUCAGAAGCCCUAUAGUAAAGCAGUGGACUGCUGGUCUAUUGGAGUCAUUGCAUAUAUUCUAUUGUGUGGAUAUCCUCCAUUUUAUGAUGAAAAUGAUGCCAAACUGUUUGAGCAGAUCCUAAGGGCUGAGUACGAGUUUGAUUCUCCGUACUGGGACGACAUCUCCGACUCUGCCAAAGACUUCAUUGUUCACCUGAUGGAGAAAGACCCCAGUGUCCGAUACACGUGUGAUCAGGCUCUGCAGCAUCCCUGGAUUGCUGGAGACACGGCUCUGGAUAAGAACAUUCAUGAAUCUGUCAGUGCACAAAUCAAGAAAAACUUUGCCAAAAGUAAAUGGAAGCAAGCGUUCAAUGCCACAGCAGUGGUUCGUCACAUGAGGAGGCUGCAGCUCGGCACCAGCUCAGAGGGACCCACAUCUCUGCCUAGCCCCUGCAGGAACCAACUGCUGCCAGAGGAGUGCUCAGAGGGCCGAUGUGAAGGUGGUGUGGAUAGUACUAACUGCACAUAACACACUGGACUGUAGCAGGACGUGCUCUCCUCCUGCUUUUAUUUAACAUCAAAACCACAACAACAGAAUCACCCAGAGACUUCACUCCUCUUUGAAAACUUCUGCUCUGGGUCUAUUACUCUACUGCAGCGUCACUCCAUCCUGCAGCCUGAGGGGGGCGCUCUCACACUGCCUCCCAGCCGCAAACAAAGGGCCAGAGGUGAAGAGAGAGAGAAGAGGAGACGGUACAAAACUGGUUGAAGAUAGAAGAUGGAUAAUUUAAAUAUGUUUUUGGAUAUAUUGGCUGAUGCAGGUUAAGAUGGAGAUUGGUUUUAUUCACAAAAUUGACAUUUCAUUUUAGUAAUUAAUGCUGUUUUUAUAUUUUUCUGUGAUUUUAACAGCUUAUAUUUGUGCAUGAAGGGAAAUAGAUUGCAUUUAUUGAAAUUUUAUUUAAAAAAUGUUUAGUGGGUUUCAUCUUGAGAACCUUAAUUAGCUUUUCUUUUUUGUCAUUUUUGCAAUCUUGCCAACAACACAGCCUCAUCAGACUGACAAAUAAUAUAUUAAACAAACUCCAUAAUAAUUUUGUUUCACCCUGUAAAGAAUAUCUGCCCAGUGUUUACUCUUGGGCCCUCCAACUUAUAAUUCAGAAGAUAAAAACAACUUAAAAGUAAAAGUACACUGUUUAAAGCUACUAUAUGAGAGAGGAGGCAUAUGGGUUACUUUAUUGGUCUGUUUAAAUGAAAGGGAUUUUUUAUUAUUAUUAUUAUUUUUAUAUUCUAAUUACUACAAUGUGCUCCUUGUCUUCAUUUUUGGAGUUCGACUGGGGUAAGGUUUGACGAAUAUGUUUUAUCUUGAGCAUACUUUACUAAUACUCUUGAUUAGAUUGAAGUAAAGACAACUAAGGUAACUUAAUGUACAUGUGUAAUUUGUUCUUUAGUCAUAACUGAGCAAAAAUUUUAUAGAAGUUUUGAGCAGAGAUGAGAUCGAACCUUUCUUUCUUUGUAAUAGCAGCCUCUGGCCUGUAGUGGGAGCAGUCUGUCCAUGUAGUGACCUGUGCUUUUGACAAUCCUUUCUAGAGUAGCUUAUGCAAAAAAAACUGUAGCCUUUUGUUCAGUUAUGAUGGUGAUUUAUGUUGUGGUGACUUAACAAAUCUUACCUGGAGUUUUAGAGUAACAUUAUGUAAGAUUUUGAUUUUAAAUUUCAUAAACAUUACCUUAUUUGUGUCCUUAGAUAUGAGGUAAACUUGUUCAAAUCAAAUAUUGCUUUACUGAUAACAAUUGCUGAUUUCAAUUACAAAACCAGUUACAAAACCUUUGGACAUGAUAGUCAAAUUGUUUAUGUUAUAAUUUGGUGGUUCUAAGGACGAUAACCAUUCAGAAAGCAGAAUGAUCCUUACAUAAGUCAAAGCAGGUUUAGUUGUGAUGUUGAAUACCUUUUUAAAUCAAAUUAUUUGUUAUGAAUCUCCCAAAUAUAAUUGUGUAGCACAUCCUCAAGAUCGAGGAGCUAUUUAACAUUGAAAGAAAAAUGUGUUGAUGUCAUAAAGGAUAUUUUAACAAAUUUUUGUGGUUACUUUAGUGUCUAUUGUGCUAAAUGUGGUCUUUUAAUGUACAUUUCAGCACAUUUCUAAUAGAUUUUAAACAUAUAAUCAGAUUUUUCUUAGCAGGACAGUCCAAAAUAUACUGAGAUAUUCAGUUUUGUCCUGUACGCAGGUCAGGUACUUGGUUGUGCUUUAUUAUUUGUAAAAUCAAAUCAAAAGAUACAAAAAGUGAAAAUCUGUAAGGGUUAUGUCUAUUCAUUUGUAGCUAUAUGUUUUAUUAUGAGACAACAGUGACACAAAAUGUAAAGCAAAUCAUUCUGUAUCUCAAAGGUUGGGAGUACAAAUCCCCGUCUCCCCAAUGCAUGUAGCUUUUGUGUCAUUGGGCAAGACACUCCUCACACCGUUUGAGCCCACUUUAUGACCUGAUUGUGUAGGUUUGAUCCUGGUUUAGUUUGGGGUUUACUUCAAGUUAAGUCCUAAUUUUGAUGUAGGUGCUGAAAGGUAGCCAUGUCUGCCAGUCAGGUUGCGAAGAAUUGACAGAAGUAAUUGGGAAAACUCUUUACCAUACCCCUCUUCUUCCUGUAUGUUUUGUGGUGCCUUUAAGAGCAGAGCAGCAGUUUUUGGUGGUUCUCUGUGCUUCAAACUUUGGACCAUUUUUGCACAAAUUUCCAUUGUUUUGUAGCAGUGAAAUGCAGUCAGUGUAGGAAAAAAUACGUUUUAAAGGUGCAUUAUGUAACUUUUCGGGGAUGGAGUGUGAUACCUGGUUGUCUCCAUGGAGAUGUUGUCGCUUUGCCUUAAAUGUUCCACACUAUGUCAUCAAACCUAUUCAUUAACCACUCUUUAGCUUUUUUUUUCCUUCAUUACGGGUUUUUUAUUGCUCAAAAAUCACUUGAAAAACAUUAUCUUUUGCAGUGAGAGAUGUCACCUCUUCCCUGAUCUGACCUGUAACAUAACCUGGUACUGUCAUCUGCUUGUCUCCAUGGUGAUUGAUUUUAAGUUUAAAGCCAUUAAAAUAAAAGCAAUGGACAUAAGCAGCUGGCAGACCUUCCACUAGAAAAGUUACAUAGAGCACCUUUAAACAGCAAAGAUUUAAGAUUUUAUUUUAUUUUUUCAUAGAGUAUAUUGAUCUAUAUAUCUAUAUCUAUGAGGGGUUUUGUAUUCUGUAAAAUAACAUGCUUUGUUUGUGGAAUGGACCUAUGUGUAAUGAUAGAAAUGAACACAGAGUAUUUUUACUGGUGAGACUUUUGUUUGAAACAGUUGAGGAUUUGAGCAGUGGUUCUAUCGUGUUUUUAUGGGGCAGUAUUUCAAAAAGAAAGCCUGGAGUAUGUAGCUCUCAGGGUGGAGGGUGAAUUCAUUUAUUGUUUUGAAUAUUGACAACAUAAUGUCUAAUUUGUCCUUAAAGAAAACAACAUAAAAGCUACCAAUUUGCUCUCAUCAGUAGGUAUUUCUUAUGGUGGUAGUUAUAGUUUUCUAUUUUGUCCCAAGUGUAUUGAUUUUAGGUUUUAAAGCCACAGUAUGUAAUGUUUAGCCAAAUAAAUUGACUGAAAUAAAA